UGACCAGUGGCAUUGCUCAGUGCUCACACUGUCUUCCCAAUACCACCAUGCACGUAGCUUUUUCAGCAAAGAAACAGGAAGCCCGCAUAACCGCUCUAGAGGCCGAAGUGGAGAACUUGAAACGGGAGUUGGGGGAAAAUGAGGAUGCCGACAGCAUUGUUAAAAGGCAUAUAAAGCUACUGCAUCAAUACAACGAAUCGAAGGACGCUGCACAGAUACUUAUCGGAAAGCUUGCCCUUCUGAAAGAGGUGACCAUCACUCAAAUCCAUGUGGAUUUGGAUUUGCCUACCGGAGAUUAAUAUCAAUACCGCGACAUGCAUGUAUGCUGUUGUAACUAUUGCUGCUACGGUAUUAUCUUGGUCCCUCGUCCGCCGAUCUUCAUAGAACCUAUUCUUCUGUGAAUAGUCAACGCAUGACUUCGACUACGUACUUGAACUUAGUCAACAGUCACUCGGUGAACUCGCCCCCGUGUCAUUUGGUAGAUC